AUGAAUGCUACAAUGAAUAGGUAUAUUCCAACAAUAAUCAUUCGUCCUUAUCCAAGUUUAUCGUUAACAGAACAAGAUAUGUAUGAUUUAAAAAAUAGUAUGAGAAAAGCAAAUGAAAUGAAUGAUUUUGAUGAUGAUGAUGAUGAAGAUUAUGAUGAAGAAGAUUAUAUUGAAAUUGUUGAACCCUUAACAACAACUAUGCACCUAACAACACUGGAAGUAAAUUACGAUACUGUGAAGUCCUCGUCAUCGUACUUUACAUUAAAUUUUAUUAAUUUAUUAUUAUUAUUGUCAAUUCAAACAAAUAUAUGA